AUACAUAGCGUGCUGAGGUGUCGCGACCAUCACUGGGCAUGUCCGGGACCACCGUCGUCCAAGCUGCUCUCCCCCGACUCGGGUGAAUUCAACGCAGUUCGCUUCAGCCGUCUCUGAAUCGUCCACGACAAUGACCACCGAAAGCACGCCACCUACAAAGUCAUCCAGCUGGUGGGGCUGGUGGCCUUCCUCGUCCUCAAACAAACCCGUUCCGCAGGACACCACUACCCCUUCCAUUCUUGCGCCAACGAUCUCCACCAAGCAAGUUGCAUCCGCUACACCCUCAACAACACCAGCGACUACUCACGACGCACCACAAUCCGGCACGAUAGCAGCUCAGCCUACUACAGCAGAUAAGAGCAGCAGUCAGAAGUCCUGGAAUCGGUCAUGGUGGCCUUUUAGGAGCUCAAAGCCGAAGGAAGUCGUUUCCAACGAGUUCCAUGCCACCACGCCAGUAGCCAAUGCUGUUCCUGCAAAGCCUGCGGAAGCUGCGGGCAAACCUGUUUUCACAGAGUCUCUUCGUGCGGAGAAGCCGGCAAUACCAUCAACAAUGACGACAGUGGCAACUGCAACCCCCUCAACGACCAGUCCGGCAGUCCAGCCAAAACCGACGAGGACCCCAACCUUAUCUUCCGACGGAACCUUCCCCCAACAAACCUCAGAUUACACCAAAUACAACAAAUACAUCAUCGGCACAGCAGCGAUCGGAUCCUUCUCGACGCUCCUAUACACAGUCCACCAGCGCACGAAGGGUCGGAUGCGUGUGCCACUCCAGGAGUUUCUGGACAAUCCAGCUGCGAGAGCCGCGAAUCCCAAAUUGGCGGCGUAUGUGUUUGCAGGGAGGGCGUUUGGAACUGCGACUGUUUUGGUCGUGACGGGGACGGUGGGACUGACCAUGGCUGUGGCCAGUAUUAUGGGCGUCAACAACAUGCGAGAAUUCUCCUUCCGCAUGCGCGACAUCAUGGCCUCCACCUUCCCGCAGCUCAAACGCAGCGACGAAAACGCCGACAUCAAGUUCGACGCCGAUACCUACGAGUUUCUGAAGGAGGUGUCUGCGGACGCUGAGAGGGAGGAGAGGGAGGGUGCGUGGAGGGAAAGUUCUAGUCAUGCGAUUAUUGGGGGAAGGGUGAGGAAUGAAUUGGGGGGGUUGUCGAGGCAUGGGCAGAAUUGAGGCAUUUGAAGAUUGCUGUGAAUCGGGGGGAAGGCCGGGAUGACCGGAUUGCGCGGGGGCGUGGUCGAUCCCCUCUGGCGUAGCGGAGGAUUCUUAGCGGCAGAAUCCCGAUCAUAGAACGAAUCGAGGUCCCUCACCCAUGCAUGUAGAACGUGCGCACGAGAUGUACCGCAUUUGUGAUGUGGUUGAAAGUAGCAACGAGGCGUAAGAAGUGGACCUAUUUACCUCCUGCCCGAACGCCAGUGCCGGGGGGAGAAUUCUCGCAACCCUAAAGUCUCCCAGAGUGGGCGCUGGAGGGACCGCACUAUAACGAGCCACUGCACCCAGAAGCGCCCUCAUUACUUGGGUACAAUUGUUGGGGGUCCGUGUCCAUAUCCACAGAACGGCGUGGGGUUCAACGAUGGGGG